GGUUUCAUUCUCUACACGCUAGUCUUGGUCGUCGCGACCUGUGUUCAAAGUCUACACACGAGAGAUGAUUUUCGAUCGUCCUAUUUAACGACGUGGGAAGAGCACGCCUUACUGGGUCACAUGAUAGUGGCUAAUACGGGGCGGGAUAUUACUUCUUGCGUUCAUGGCUGCUUGUCAACGCCUGGAUGCCUUUCCUUUAACUUUGGUGAAGAUGUCAGUCUCUGUGAGCUUAACAAUUCAUCAUCAACAAGGCACCUUCAAUACUUCACUGUGCGUCCUGGUUUCGUUUAUGGUCACUGGAUUACCCUAGCCGUAAUUCAGUAUGUCUUCACAACGCUCGGUGCGCAAGGUCCAGUCGGUCCAAAUAACGCAUCCGGGUAUGUGGGAACGUCCCUCGAGGGCAAAGUCCAACUUAAUAAUGGCAUUCAAGAGUGGACAGUUCCUUAUACAGGUAUGUAUUUCAUCGAGGUGUUUGGUGCUUCAGGAGCGAACGGGACCUGUACUAACUGUUCAGGUUGGAAACAUGGAGGGCUGGGAGCAAGAAUCGCGGGAUUAUUUGAACUGAGACUUGGGCAGAAGCUAAAGAUAUUGGUUGGACAACAGGGACAGGUCAGCUUUGAUUUCCCAGGAAAACCAGGAGGAGGUGGUGGCGGCACAUUUGUCACACUUAUCGACAAUUCGCCACUACUUAUUGCCGGAGGGGGAGGAGGUGGAAGUAUUUCAUUGGACGGCGAUCCCGGGCAAGCUGGGCAAAAUGGAACAAGGAACGGCGGCGCAUCGGGGUCUGGAGGUCGGAAAACAAAUCCAGGAAUAAUAUCUGGGACUGGAGCGGGCUUAUGGGGCGAUGGUGAAGGUAUGUUUGGGCAGGCACGCAGCUUCAGAAGUGGCGGCCAAAGUGUCCAAACAAUCGGCUCAUUAGGGGGAUUUGGUGGAGGGGGCUAUGGUUUGGUUCUUCCUGGGGGGGGAGGCGGAUACUCCGGUGGAGGAGUGGAAGGGACUUUCGAAAUAGGAGCCGCAGGAGGAGGAGGCUCCAUAAAUAACGGCUCCGCGCAGAUAAACGAGAGCGGGGUUAACAAAGGAGAUGGGAAGGUCAUUAUAACUCUCAGCACUUAA